GUAUAUCUGAAAGAUGGCAACGCGAUAAUCGAUACGACGGCCAUUUUCUCUCUUUCUACAAAAUCUUCGUUCUUUAGUUGGAUGCAAAGAAGACAUCAUGAGUCGUGUUCGAACGAAGACGGUCAAAAAGGCCGCAAAACUGAUCAUAGAAAAAUAUUAUCCUCGAUUAACUCUGGAUUUCCACACAAAUAAGCGCAUAUGCGAGGAAAUAGCAAUUAUUCCUAGCAAACCAUUGCGCAACAAAAUUGCUGGAUUUGUUACUCACCUGAUGAAGAGAUUGAGACAUAGUCAGGUACGUGGCAUCUCCAUCAAGCUGCAGGAAGAAGAGCGUGAACGCCGUGACAACUAUGUCCCGGAGGUUUCUGCUUUGGAGCACGACAUUAUUGAAGUUGAUCCGGAAACCAAGGAGAUGUUAAAGAUGCUGGAGUUCAACAACAUCACUGGACUUCAACUUACACAGCCGGUGCCACAGUUCAGCAGGCGAUCUUAAUUUUUUUUUUUUUUUUUAUAAUUAUAACAAAUAAACUUCAAGUUAUAAAAAUGGUCUUGCACUUUUCAAAUAAACUUGCAAACUGACACCUCAAA